AUGGUAUCCUCUUCGAUCUGGGCGGCCCUCUUUGGGGUGGCCUUGAUGGCCGCCGGAGUUGAGUCGGCAGAGGUUGUAUAUGUGACGGACAUUGAAAUCUUUACCUACUUGGCACCGUGUGCUUCCAGUGCGAUUUCAUACAAUGUUGGCUUGGAAUCGACGUCUACGAAAUGCGGCGAAGACAAAACGGCCCUGCAAUCAUGUAUUUGCCGCAACACAAAGGAGUUCAACCAGCUCACUUCGUCCAUCAACUCCGAUAUUGCCUCAGGAUGUGGUACCGACGCAGGAACGAGUAACAUAGCCAGUGCCUCCAAGAUUAUGGACAAAUACUGCAACCCAGACAAGGCCAUUACCUUUUCCACGCCAACCACCAACCAGGUCCAGGCAUACAUUACUGAAUUGCCCGAAAUCUCGUACCUCCCGUCGUGUGCGCAGAACGGGCUAUCCUAUGCCGUUGUAGGAGCGUUCGUCUCCAAGUGCCCCCGAGAUGCCAGCCUGUACGCGCCGUGCGUUUGCAACUCGGACAGGGCCAAGAUGGUCAGCGAGACCAUGAGCAAGUCGGUGCGCUAUUCUUGCUCCAACGACGAAGACGUGACUGCGGCGCAAGGCUUCUACAACCAGUACUGUGCGAUGAAUAACGGCACGACUUCAUUUGCUGGACCGCCGCGUCCGCCCGGCGAUAUGACGUAUUAUGUGACUGCCCUGCCACAGUUCAAGUCUCUUCGAACAUGCGCUCAAAGUGCCAUGUCAAAUGUGAUUCAGUGGCAAACCGAGUCGUUGUGCGCGUCCGGACCGCAGGCCCUGGCUUCCUGCGUGUGCAUCAAGUCGGGCAUGUUUGGCAGGAUAUCGUCUUCUUUGACAUCCAACGUCAAGGGAUACUGCUCCAGCACCGCCAUUGCCGAUGUGACGUCGGCGGUCAGUGUUUUGGAGUAUUACUGCAGCGCCGCCGCGAGCAAGGUGGUGGCCACGGUAUCAGAGUCCAUAUCCGAGCCCUCGGGAACCAGGGCUGUCCCGUCACGAACGAAACCCGGCUCCUCGCUGCCCUCGCAGACCGGCGCUGGCGGAUCCGGAGGCAGCGGAGACCAGAGCGACUCGGGUACCGGAAAUGGUGGAGGCAAAGGGAACAAGGUGGCCGUAAUUGCAGCCAGCGUCUUGGGAGCGGUCGUUGCCAUUGUCAUCGUUGCCGGCCUCAUAUGGUACUUUAGACGUCGAAACCAACGCAAACAACGAGGAGAGCAGCUUCCAGCGGGUAACACUGAUGGACCCCCUGGAGGAAUCGAUCCGUCCAAGUAUCCCGGUCACAACGGCGUGGCCGAACUGUCGACGCCGUCUCACACUCCGCGCCCCGAACUACAAGGCAAUGCCACGUCUUAUCCAUCCGAGCUGCCGCCGCAUCAAUGGUCAAAGUCGGAGUUGCAGGGCGACGCAAUGCACGGAGGACAGCAUCUGCGGCCGACACAGUCUCCUCAUGAGCUUAUGACGCCUACUUCUGGCUACCAGGUCAGUCCGCAGUCGGCUACGCUGCCCAGCUACAGCUCUCCCACGACGGUAUCGCCACAUCACGGACAGCACCCGGGCUACUGGGGGCCGCAGACGACGGAGUCUUACGAGUUGGCCACCAAUGUGCCUCGGUCGUGA